AUGUAUCUCGGAUCACGGCUGGUUGUUGUGCUGCAUAACUGGAAGUUGGCGAAAGAAGCGCUGAUAGACCAAGCAGAUCAUACGUCCUUCAAAGCUAGUCAGCACAGCUUGAAAGUCCAGUGCGAUGGCGGCGGUGGUUUAGUCCAUUCGAAUGGCCGACAAUGGAAAGAACAUCGGAGAUUUUUGCUGAAAUCACUGAGGGGAUUUGGUGUUGGAACAAAGUCUAUCGAAGAGAGAAUUAUGGAAGAAGUAGAUUACCUAACAACGCAGAUGGCGGCGCAACAAGGCAAGCCCUUCGUCAUUUCCAACUACUUGCACUUGGUGUCUGCAAAUGUUAUGCUUCACGUAGUUUUCGGAAAACGAUUUGACCUUGAUAACAAGGACUUUCAUGUACUUGUACCAGCAAUACUUGCUGAACAUCGUUCCACCUAUGAUGCAAACUGCAUUCGGGAUGUCGUCGAUGACUAUAUCAGAGAACAAAAGGAACAGUUCAAGUUGCUAGGUGAAGACAGUACAUUUACUGAGGGCCAGUUCGCAAAAACCAUGUUUGAUCUUCUCAUCGCUGGCAUCGAGACCUUCAGCACCACCUUUGACUGGUUCGCACUCUGCACGGCUAUGUAUACCGAUGUUCAGAGCAAAGUGCGUACAGAGAUUGAUGAGGUAAUCGGGACAAGGCUGCCAACUUACGAAGAUCGUCUGAAGAUGCCCUACACAGAGGCUACCUGUAUGGAGCUGCAGAGGAUUGGGAAUAUUGGCAUGUCCUUACUUCUCCGCACGGUCACCAAAGGUAUUGAACUUGGAGGACACAACAUUCCGGCAGGCGCGUCUCUGUUAGUCAAUGCGUACACUAUGCAGAUUGAUGAAGACUAUUGGAAGAACCCCGAUGAGCUUAAUCCGGACAGAUUUCUUGAUGGUAGCGGUAAAGUCAUCGUGAAACCGGACUCGUUCAUGCCAUUUUCGUUGGGUCGCAGAAACUGCAUCGGCGAAUCACUAGGUAGAACGUCCAUCUUACAAAAAUUCGAACUUACGUUUCCGAAAGGAGCCCCGCUACCAACCACGGAGCACAUAUCUCGCGAUGCAAGUGCAGUGGCAAGCAUGAUGAAGUAUGCCAUUUUCAAUUGGGUCGCAGAAACUGCAUCGGUGAGUCUCUGGCAGAAUGGAACUGUCCUGUUUCUUACGUCAAUCAUUCAAAAAUUUGAAUUGAAACUUCCAGAGGGUGCCAAAAUACCAAGCACUGAUCAUAUAUCCAAAGGAAUAACAAUGGUUCCGAAAAUGUACAAACUUUGCGCAAUACAGCGAUAGAUUCAUAAAAAUCCAUUUGUCUGAAUGUAUGCGUGUGUGAGGGUGGGGGAGCUAUAGUGUUUGGGUUAUUAGUGUGCGCACAAAUAUUUUGUCUAAUAUAUAUAUAUAUAUAUAUA